AUGUCCGGCCAGCAGCCAAACGCAUGGCAUACCGCCAGUCGAUCCAGAAACUCCUCCUCCCGCACUCCUCAGAACCGCUCGGGCACGCAAUCUCCAAGUCAACAGACGACCGCCGCGCAAGCUCCUCGUCAAGAUGCCGGCAGAAGCCAACAACCGCGCAACCCUCCCGCCAACAACGUCUGGGCGCAGCGAAGUUCGAAUUCGGCUGCGAGCAAUGGCUCGGUGAAAGCAGAAGCAUCACCCGCACGGGAAGAUGAGUACAGGCCAGUGAAUGGGUUCAACGCCGCCGAAGUGAAGCAGUUCCUGGCCAGGGAUGUAGCUGGUGCAACCGUCUACAAGCCAGCGGAGGUUGCAGGAACAGGUGGCAGGAACAGCGGAAGCGCAUGGGGUCACAAGCCGAAUCACAUGGCCAACAAUCAACCCUUCUUUGCGCACCUGGCGAAGCAAACCACGACCGUCGAAAGUGGGGGAUGA